GCUGGAAGCCAGGGCACUUUUGAAAAAACCCUCUCAGCUCAGGGGAAAUGUACUCAGACGGUAUCCCAGACUGGAAUUGAAUUCUGGACACAAAGGCAAUGAAAUGGCUGUGCUGAUGUCCCUCUCCUUAUCCCAAUAGCAGAUAAUGAUUAACCAGAAAGAGUUUAUAAUAAGAAGACGUGAAGCAUUUGUAUGCUUCUGAGGAAUCUGAAGACCUGUCAGCUGCUGUCUCCUGGGGCUUCAACAUGACUUGCUGUGAAGGGUUUACCUCCUGCAAUGGAUUCUUCCUCAUUUCUCUCUGCAUCCUCGCCAUUGCAUUCAACCUGCUCCCGCUGUUUGCGGAUUACUCCAUGGAUGGACGCUUGUUCCAGAAGCCUGUCUCCUGCUUUGAGUGGUGGCUCCCAGGAGUCUUGGGAGGUGGUAUCCUUGUUCUGCCUGCAGUAGCAAUGACUUUUGCUGCAAAAAAGAGGGGAAGCUGUAACUCCCGAACUGGGAUGCUUCUGUCAGCCUUCUUCUGUAUAAUCAGCAUCGUCGGUGCCAUUUACUGUGUGCUGAUAUCGCUGAUCGCCCUUGCAAGUGGGCCACUCAUUUGCCAGGAUCCCGAUGCUGGAUUAUCUUCUUGCACUUUCAGUUUAGGUAACAUCAGCUCUUUGUCCACGUUGAAUUUUGACAUUGGAUGGUAUCUGCAGUUCGACGGCUGUCACAACAGCACUGGAGGAGAGGGAAACGGGACCUGGGUUCCUCUAGGGCACUCUUUCACGAACCUGGACGAGAGCCAGAUUGUAAAUCUGCACCUUAUCACCUUUUCCGGAUUGAGUGUUGUGGCCCUGCUGGAAAUCAUUUUUAGUCUUUUGCAGAUAGUGGCAGGAAUCUGUGGAUGCUUGUGCGGCACCUCAAAGAGGAGGAGAGGCCGUGAAGUUUAAUCACACAACUACACAAUUUAAUUAGGAUCUAACAUGGGCUUCUUCAUUGAUCAUUAGAAUUCAGAAAAACAGUCUGUUAAAGAAAUCACUCCAUUGACAGUAACAUCCAUCUAGCCAAAACCCAAGAAAAGAAGACUUUCUCCCUAAAUUAAAAUAUUUUGUUACAACAGUUUUCAAAACUAAAAGACUUUGAGAGGUAUAUCCACUUAAAAGGCCUUUUCAAACAAAGUCUCACCUGUGUCAUCCCCAGUCUCUUAUUUUCAGCAAGGCGACGAUUUUUCAGUACCAUGAUUGGUAAAAUCCCAUUGAGACCUAUCUCUCCGCUUCUUGUCUGAAAUCCUAAUCAUACAGCAGUGUUUGCCUACUGGUUUCUUACCCCUGGAAUUAUUUUUGCACUAUUUAAAAAAAAAAAUCAGUAUUCACUUUUGUUGUUCUAUUUAAUGUUUUACAGAAUGGGAAUAUCUGUGACAAUAAAACUGAAGUACACUUGGAA